AUGGAUGCAGCUGCCGCAUCCAAGUGGUGUGAAGAUGAAAAUGUUCCAGUGGAGACUGGCCUAGUGAUAGAAGUCAAGGGAGAAGUUUGGACCGAAGAGAAACUAUUCCAAGUCCUGAAAACUUUAUCCACAGACAAGAAGUUCUGGGUGAUAGACACAAAGGUAGAUAACACCAACCCACACACAUAUGCCCUAUGCGAAUGGAGAAAUGAACUUCCAGACUGUUUUAGAAACCCCAGUGUAAGGACCAUAGAUAGCGUGGAACUUAUUCUGAUACACCCAACCGGAGAGCAAGACAGUCCUACUUCUUCUAGUACACUGUCACCCACAGGGGUUACAGGACAAAAGGAAAAGGGGUCUAACACCACACCCCUAAAGGACAUAAGCCCGGAGUUAUGUGCUGUUCUGAGAGAAAUUGUGGCCCAGUGCAAGAAGGACUCCCCGGACUACCCAAUGACAGGAUAUAGGAAGCUCAGAACCUUUUCAGGGAGACAUCCUGUACCAUCCUCGGAGGAUGGUUUUGAAGAAUGGAUGGAUCAUGCCACCCAGGCUCUAGAAGAGUGGAGAGUUCCCGAGCAACAUAAAAAACAAAGGAUCAUGGAGAGUCUCAGAGGGCCAGUGUUGGAGGCCAUACGUAACCUGAAGCUCAGCAAAGAUAAUUGCACUGCGCAAGACUAUCUAGAUAUCUUGCAGAAUGUGUUCGGGAGGACUGAAAACAUCAGUGAACUUCACUCCCAAUUAGAGCAUUGCUUUCAAAAGAAAGGGGAGAAGCUAUCCAAGUUUGUUGGCCGCCUAGAUAAGAUCCUACACCAGAUACUUUUGAAGAAGGGAAUAGAUCCCAGGGCAGUGGAUGAAACCCGGGUCCAACAGGUCAUAAGAGGAGCCCAUAACCCAUAG